GCGGGGCCGGGCCGCUCCGCUCCGCUCGGGCCGCGCCGCUCCGGCCCCGCCGCGCCGCCCAUGGCGCUGGAGCAGCCGCAGAGCGACGGCGCCGCCGCUGCCCCGGGCCCGGCCCCGCCGCGCCUCUGCCCGCCCGGGCCCGCCGCGCCGCCCGCCAGCGGGAGCGCCCUCGCCGCCCCGGACGGCCCCGGCGAGGCGGCGCCGGCGCACACGGAGCCCGCCGCGCACACGGAGCCCGCGGCCGCCCCCGGCCCGGCCCCGGCGCCCGGAGCAGAGGGGGAGCCCGGGCCCGGGGGACGGGCCGGGCCGGCGGGGGAGCCCGACCCGGAGGCGGCCCCGGGGCGGCCCUCGCAGAACAUCGCGGUGCAGACCGACUUCAAGACGGCUGACACGGACACGAGCACCGAUCAGGACAUUGAGAAGAACCUGGACAAAAUGAUGUCUGAGCGGGCGUUGCUGAAGGAGCGUUACCAGGAGGUGCUGGACAAGCAGCGGCAAGUGGAGAAUCAGCUGCAGGUGCAGCUUAAGCAGCUGCAGCAGCGGAGGGAAGAGGAGAUGAAGAACCACCAGGAGAUCCUGAAAGCAAUUCAGGAUGUUACGAUCAAGCGAGAAGAGACAAAGAAGAAGAUGGAGAAAGAAAAGAAAGAAUUCUUGCAGAAAGAGCAGGACCUGAAAGCAGAAAUUGAGAAACUCUGUGAGAAAGGCCGAAGGCUGCUGAAGGAGCAGGAGGAGAAGGAGAACAAGAUCGCCUCGCUGAUUGCAGAGCAGUCUGAUGAAAAGCAGCUCUGGGAGAUGGAGCUGGACAAGCUGAAGAACCAGCACAAUGAGAUCAACAGGAACAUCCUCGAGGAGACGGAGCGGGCCUGGAAAGCAGAGAUCCUGUCCCUGGAGAGCCGGAAGGAGCUGCUGGUCUUGAAACUAGAAGAAGCAGAAAAAGAAGCGGAGCUGCAUCUCACCUACCUCAAUUGUGCUUGCAGGUCCGCGCCACCCACGCUGGAGACGAUGAGGCCGAAGCAGGAGUGGGAGAUGAGGCUGAACAGGAUACGGAUGACCAAGGAAAGUGUCCGAGACCAGUUCAACGACCACAUUCAGAUGGUGAGGAACGGCACCAAGCUGAGCAGCCUCCCCCAGAUCCCCACGCCGACGCUGCCACCCCCGCCCUCAGAAACAGAUUUCAUGCUGACGGCAUUCCAGCCCAACCCGCCCCUUACUCCCAGGCUCCCGUUCCCCAUUGGGCCCGUCCCCGUCCCCAUGGUCAUGCCCAGCGCGGACCCCCGGGCGCUGUCGUUCCCGCUGCUGACCCCCGCCGUGUCCCGGCCCGCGCAGCCCUCCCCGCCGCUGCCCGCCUCGCAGGGCCGCAGCAGCCCCGGCGUGGCCUCGCUGAUGGGCACGCACAGCCCGCACGUGGCCCCCGCCGCCGCCAUCCCCCCUCCGCCCGGCCUGGGCGCCGUUAACGUCACUCCGGAGUUCCACAGGCUGCAGCCGGCCGAUAAGCUGGAAAAGCUGCUGGAGAAGCUGUUGGCUCGGUUUCCGCAGUGCAACAAGGCCCAGCUCACCAACAUCCUGCAGCAGAUCAAGACGGCUCGCAGGACCAUGGCGGGGCUGACCAUGGAGGAGCUGACCCAGCUGGUGGCCGCCAGGCUGGCGGAGCAGCAGGAGCGCGCGGCGGCCGGGGCGCAGCCGCUCGGUCGCAUCAGGGCCCCCAUGUUCUCCACUGCGCUGCCUCAGAUCAGCACGCCCAUGUUCCUGCCCCCGGCGCAGGUGGCGUACCCCGGAACGGCCUCGCACAGCCCGGCUGCCUGCAAGCUGUGUCUCAUGUGCCAGAAGCUGGUGCAGCCCGGGGACCUGCACCCCAUGGCCUGCUCGCACGUGCUGCACAAGGAGUGCAUCAAAUUCUGGGCACAAACCAACACGAAUGACACCUGUCCCUUUUGCCCAAGUCUCAAAUGACGGCCGCUCGAACAAAGCCGUCCCACAGGAGGAGUUGCUGUGAAUAGACAGGAUCGGUUCUAAGAUUUCUACAGUUCUAUAUUUAUACGACCAUGUAUACACAUGUACAUUUUUAUUAUAUAGGUAAUGUGUGUAUAGAAAGUCUGUAUACAUACAAAUUCAUAAAUAAAGUGUGUAUAUUAUGCAGUGA